GCGACACUCUGACACGUUACGCUCUCUCUUCCUCUCGGGAGAUCAAGAACCUGGUGGCGACCAAGAAUGGCGGCGAGCUCGAGCUUGGAUUUGGUGAAGACCAUGGCGGCGUCCGGGUUCCUCCUCCGCUGCCCUGCGGCGCCCAGCGCUGUCCCACUCUGGGGAAGGAGCGGGAGGGGCGGCGGCGGCGGCCUCGCCUUCUCCGCUUCGUCCUCCAAUGGUGCAGCUGUUCCAUCCUCCCUAAGUGACUCAGAGAAGAAGGGCCCUGUGGUGAUGGAAAUUCCACUGGACAAGAUUAGGAGGCCACUGAUGCGGACGCGUGCCAAUGAUCCAGCCAAGGUGCAAGAACUCAUGGACAGUAUCCGUGUCAUUGGCCUCCAAGUACCUAUUGACGUACUGGAGGUUGAUGGAGUCUACUAUGGUUUUUCUGGAUGUCACCGCUAUGAGGCUCACCAGCGCCUAGGUCUCCCGACUAUCCGCUGCAAAGUCCGUCGCGGGACGAAAGAAACACUAAGGCACCAUAUGCGAUGAAAUUGGAAUGGACAUACUACUUCAGUCAGAAAGUGAUAAUCUGUGUACCUUUGUGUUCAUAUGCUAUACUCCUGUAAUUGUAAUCCUCCAUACUUGUAAAUGUUACUCGAACAGACUGGUCCAUUACUGAAUAGUACCUUUUUUAACUGUCUCAGUAAAUGGAAAUUUUAAUCUGCUACUCCCUUGCUUA